AUUCAGGCUGUACUUUCCUUCUGGUCGAGCAGCGUGGACCAAAGCUGUGUGUUUGGGAGCAGCGACUAACUCAUUCUGCGAGACAGCAACUUCUGUGAGUACUACAGCUUCGUCACUGAGUAUUAAAUAGGUUAAAGAUUUAUGUGCGAGUCCUGGAGAUUCAAAUUCAGUUUGAGUAACACGUUGAAAUGCCUCCUUUAGUCUGAAGACAGAGAAGUAGCCUGUCUAGCUAAUCUGCUAACGUCAGUUGUGAAGCUAAGUAGUACCUCGACCCUCACAGUAGUUUUAUCAGCUGAACAUCUGGGAAUACUGCAGACCUGUUUUUACUGCUAGUUUGGAAUGGAAGUCGUUGUCUCGUUUGACUGAAAACUUUUAUGGCACAUUUAAUAUUAACAACCUAACCUCCAACACUUUCUAUGAGACCUUUGAAAACAGCCCAUUUAGUAUUCAUAUUUGGGCAUUUACAACAAAAAGUAAUGCCAGAAAUAAUCUAGCUGAGUUGUGCACACAGUGCUCCUUAAACAAACUUAAAAGCACAACUUUUAGGACAUAAUUAAUUUAUUUAUUUUCAUUUACCACCCGCCUGAUCUUCAUGUCAAAUGUGUUACCUUCCCCUCUUGAUGUUAGAUGUUGAGCUUUAUGUUUUGUCUCCACAGAGGAAUUCAUUUCCCACUUUAACAGCCCAUUUAUUGCUCAUACCAUCUUUUACAUGUUUACAUCUUUUACAGUCAAAAAUUUCCAUCCCCUCACCCUGAUGUUGCUUCGUUCACCGGUUGUCAGCAGGGGGGUUUGGUAGUCAGGAUGGGGACUGUGGUUGUUUACCAUCCGUUUGCUGGCCCCAGAGAGCUGGAUUCACCAGCUAUGUGGUUUCUUUUGUCAGCUAGUUUAUGAAUGAGUGCAGUCAAGAGAAUUCAACCCCGCUGCCUUUUAAUGGUAGACUGUAAAUUAUGAUUAUGCCAUGAUCAAUGCAUUGGCAAAAGCUCCAAAAUAUUUUUGCUUUCACUUUUUGAAUUGAAAUCCUCCGCUUAUCUACAAGCUUCAAUUUAGCUUCAUGCAGUGACACUGAAGUUUUUUUUUUUUUAAUCUUUCUUAGUUUCCUAAAAUCUUAGUGCUAAUUCUAUUACACAGGCUGCUUUAAAACGUAUUUACACUGACAUAUCUGCAAAAUUUUGUUUUUUUGCUUUGGGGGAAAUUGGAAAACCCCAAACCCAUGACAGAAAAGGACGAUAGAGUAAACCCCAGAAGAAGCAGUUCACUGUCAUUUGAAAUUCAACUUUGGAGGAAGUUAAAUUCAAAAUAAGUGCAAAAGUCAUUAGGGGAAAGAAUCCUUACGACGUAGCUAGCUAAUUUUAUGAAUGGAAUUUCAAUUUGUUGCAUCUCUGAACAUUGUGUUGCCUGAGCAAUUUGGGUAAGUAUGGGGGAUCUCAUUUGAUGGCUGUGGAAGGUUGGAUCCUUGGGUUUGGACUGUGUGCACUUGCAAUAAUCUAAAUAAGAAAAGCAAAGUCAUAUUUGGUAAGGUGAAAAUAUAAUUCAGAGGAGUUUUAAAAUUUUUUCUGAAAUCCAGUUUCUGUUUUUUGACAAGACCCCUGAUCUUGAGUUUUUCUUACAUUUUUCAUGGCCAUUUUUUUUGGUACUUUGGUUAUCUGUAGGUGUGAACAAGGCCUAAGAAUUUAAUGGUGUUUCUUUUGUCUUUUCUUAAGUCCGUUGCGCUAUAGAAUAAAAGUAAUAAUCAUAAAUAUCCAUUUUGAAUUUAGUGAUGUAGCUUUGUCUUGCUUUAAUGAUGUGCAAUUUUUAAACGUAUUCAGAUUGAGAUCCGCUCUGUCCAAAUCUGAUGCAAUGUUGUCCACAUGGAGAUCCCUAACUACAUGUUUCAGAUCAGUUUGGGAGCAGGUCCUGGCAGAAAACAAAUUCCUGAGUUGCUGUUGCUUUAUGAGAAGAGCCAAAGGCUAAUUUGUUGAGGGCAAAUGAUAGAGUAGAGCUGAGUUUUCUGACAGCAGCGAUCUAAAACCAGUGUUCGUCUUUUUCCUUGCCACCAUGAGAUGAAAUGAGUUGAUUAAAAAAAGUAAAUGAUAGUUUAUGAUUUGUCUGCUAAGGAAUGACCAGUCAUUAUUCAGUGAUGUUGCUUCGACUCCUCUUCAUCACGUGGUCUGCUGACUUAUUCUCAUUGUUGAUAUCAUUUUUGGCUGUGAGAUAAAGAAAUGUGCAUUGCAGGGGUCAUAUUAAAACACUAUGACUAAAUCUUUUUCCAAUCACUUGAUAAAUUAAAUGAUUUUUUUUUUCAAACAACUUUAUUAUAAUGUGGAAAUACUUUGUUAAAAUAUAUGCCUCUGCUGAGGUGAGUCUAAAGCAGUCCUGCUCUUUUAUCAGCACCUUUGCUAACAGCAACACAGUCAAACCCAAAUGUCACUGUUUUUUCUCUUUUGUAUUAGAUUCAUUAGAACUUGCAUUUUGCAUGCCUGUAACCUCGUCUUGAUAUAAGUCAACAGUCAGUGUAGACACAAAUAUAUUUCUGCAUCACAUUUCAAUGAUUUGCUAGUGAUAAUGCUUUCUAACGUAAACACUUCACAUCGUGAGUUUGACGUGUUUUAAUUUUUUGUGUCCAAUCAGAGGGAGCUAAAUUGAGGCAGAGUCAACCUUGAGGCAUACCUCUGACUUGCUGGAUAGGACCAGCGGGUUUUACUGGUUGUAACUCCUGUAAUUGCCUUAUGGUGUUUUAUGGCUGGAGGUAUUUUACAAGCAGUCUAACUCACCUGAACACUAAAAGAAGUUUCAUGUAGUCUAGCAGGCUUUUUCGAGCCGGUUCACCCUGUUUGACCAUCAUAACACAAAAUUAAAAUAAAAACAUGAGUGUUUUCUCUGUUAUGACACGUAAGCAGUACUGUGGCUCCCGAGCUUCUGUUUAUGUAGCUCACUUGGCUCUUGUUUGUCUUGCCCCUGGGGGUUUAGCCAAAUUCCUGUUUAUUGAAGCAAAUUUUCAACCACCAUAUGAUCAUAAAAUUGCUGUUUUAUAUGAGUGGUAAGGCAAAGCCACUGAGUCUUCUCGAUCCUUGUAGUCUAUGUCCCUUUGAAAACCCUUUAAAGGGAUAUUCCGGUGUAAAAUUAAGUUAAUAUCAAACACACCGUAACAUCGAGUUAGACAUACCCAUUAGAGACGAAUGUUGCCGACUUGCUUUUCUAGUUAUACCAACUUUAGUAAUGACCGCACAAUAGCAAGACACAGCAGUCUACAUCUCCACGCUCAAACCUCAAACAAAAAGUCACUCUACAGCCAAAAAUAAUGCUCAGAACAGCACCUAACUUCAUCAACAGUACAUAUAGGGUCCUAGCCAUAGUACUAGCCAUCAAACAUCUUUUUAGCUGGUUGCCUGGUUUCUUUAGCAAAGAGACCAAACACAACUCACCUACUCUCUUCCAGCAGCUGCUUGUUUGUAGGGAGACCUGAUCAGUCGAUCACCGAGUGCAGCGGGGUGACGCAGCUCAAAGAAGAACAUGUAUGAUUAUUACUUUAUAAUUUCCUUGUAGUAAAAAUCACCUUUUUAAUCAUUUUGCACCACAGAUGCUGUAGUUCCUCUGCUUUAGCAUCUCGGUCUGAUUGUAUUUCCACAAAGAAAUGAUCAUAAAUUGAUUGUUGAUGAAGUUAGGUGCUGUUCUGAGUAUUAUUUGUGGCUAUAAAGUGGCUUUUUGGUUGAGAUUUGUGCAUAGAGAUGUAGACUGCUUUGUAUUGCUGUCAUGCAGUCAUUACUAAAGUUGGUAUAACUGGAGACGCAAGCAGUCAGCAACAUUCAUCUCUCGAGGGGAUGUUUAACUCUGUGUUAUGGUGUGUUGACCCUAACUUAAUUUUAUGCUGGAAUAUCCCUUUAAUUUAACCACUUACCCUUAACCAAAUAAGCCCCGGCUUAAUCUAAGGCUCGAGUCUCUCCUGUUUUGAGUCAAAGGCAAGGGUCAGUGCGUCGCUUUUUCCAAAAACACAUCACAAACACAGACAAAGCACUGAAAAGUAUGAAUACUUCUUUGCUUUCCUUUGCUUUGUCAGUAGUUUGGAGCACUAGUUUCAGCAACAAUUGUGAUGUGAGCUGUGCUGGAAAUUUAUGUAGAAACAAGUCUUGUUGUCAUGGUGGAACCCCACAGAAACCCAGGGCAACUUAAUUGGAUGUGAAGCCAGUUAAAAAUGGCUUUCACCCUUGAGAGCUGCGUGUUCAAACAUGCUUGAUAUUUACAGUAAGGUAUUUUGUUUGUUUUUUUCAGAGAGCUGGUUCAGAAUGGACUCCUCCAUGAGUGCAGCCCAAAUCCGGGAGAAAUUCAUCGACUUCUUCCGAAGACAUGAACACCACUACGUCCACUCUUCAGCCACCAUCCCACUGGAUGACCCCACGCUGCUCUUUGCCAAUGCUGGCAUGAAUCAGGUAUAAACCCAGGCUUUACUUCACUUCUGUUCAAAACAUCUAUGAUACUUAUUUAGAUUGCUACUUGAAUACGUACCCAAUAAAAGAAAUUCCAAAUGUAUUCCAAAUUUUCCCUUGGUUCCUCUUUCUCUUAGUUCAAGCCCAUCUUCCUCAACACCAUCGAUCCUUCCCACCCUAUGGCCAAGCUGCGCCGUGCAGCCAACACUCAAAAGUGUAUCAGAGCAGGAGGCAAACACAAUGACCUGGACGAUGUGGGAAAAGAUGUCUACCACCACACCUUCUUUGAGAUGCUGGGCUCCUGGUCCUUUGGGGACUACUUCAAGGUAUUACGCUGUCACCCUUUUGAAAAUAUAUCUCAAAUGAAAGUUAAGUUUUGAGGCUGGUAGUGCUCAUAUUUUUUGUUCAGGCUAAAAUACAUUAGCAGUUCAGACAGAGAUAAAGUUUUAAAAAAUCACAGCAGUAGAUAAAUACAUUUUGUAAAUCGUAAUAAAUACUCUUACUUUCUAGAUGACAAUAUUAAUGAUUCUUACCAUCCACAAAAACUACUAUUGACAUGGUAGAAUUAUUUGUCAUGCUCUACUUGUGUGCUUAUCUGUCUUAGCUAUUCUCCUCCCUCUUUCUCAUUUUUCAUAUUAGAUUUAAAGUAUUUCACUAUGCUCCGUUAAAAAGUACAGUCAGUAGGGCGGGCAGAUGGCCGAGUGGGUUAGCGCGUCCCAUGUAUGGGGACCACAGUGGAACCCCGCAGCGGUCGUGGGUUCAGGUUCGGCCCUGCCUAUGUGCUGCAUGUCCUCCCCCAUCUCUCCCUUUCUCCCCACAUUUCACCCUAUCCUAUCGAUAAAAGGCAAAAAUACUUAAAAAAAAACCUACAAUCAGCUCACAGUGGCAUAGUGGGGUUCAGCUAUAACGUGCGGGUUAGUUUAGUACUGAAUACAACUAGUUAAGUUGCAAAUCUAUAACAUGUUCUGUAAGGAAGCCUAACUAUUGAAUCUGCAGUAGUGUAACAUCGGUGUCCCAGCGUGUCAUUUUACAUCAUACUGUGGAGUAACAAGCAAGUACAUAAAAGGUACAACAUGUACAGUAACAGCAGUAACUUCAUACACAUGUAUGACAUGCUCUUCAGUUUGACAGCAGUGCUUGUAACACCUAUGUUACUACCUUAGUGGUGAGACAAUAGACUGUUGCAUUUCUAUUACAUUUACCUAGAGGGCUUAACUUUACAGAGAUGUAAGCUUCCCACCUUGAACCAGGGGUAUAUAGAAAUGGGGUGAGUUUGUCUACCAAAGAGCCUCCCUCAUCAUGAUUAGAUUUUUAAAAAUGUUUUCCUUCCCAUCUUUUUCCACAGCAACUGGCUUGUGAGAUGGCCUUGGAGCUGCUGACCAAGGAGUUCGGUAUUCCCAUCGAGCGUCUGUAUGUCACCUACUUUGGAGGUCAUGCCGAAGCAAGCCUGGAGCCCGAUCUGGAAUGCAAACAGAUCUGGAUUGAUUUAGGGUGAGCGGGGUUUGAUAGGAUGAACUGGUGGUGAACAUGUCAGAUGAAGACAUUUGUCAUGUGUCUGUGCUUCACAUAUCAACUUAUCACAUUCACUUUCUCCUGGGGGUUAAUAGUAACUGCCUUACAAAUCAUCAACAUAUCUCACAUUGCAGCUGUGCCAAAAAAAAGAAAAGCUGUUGAAAGUUAGCAGGGUCCAGUGUUAGCCAUGGCCCGAUGAUCAUGGGCUCAUUACUGAACUAAGUGGCCAGUAUCCCUACCAAUCACACUCUGAGAUGUACACAUGUAUUUAAAGACAUCUGCACUGGCAGGAGACUACAGGGUGAACCACUUAAAUACACAAGUGGAAGACAGGCAAAAUGUUGUAGGCAUAGUCUAGUCGCCCAUGUCCCUUUACCCAUGAAUCAUUGAUUAUUGACAUUCUGCAUAACUGCUGUUAUGGCUGUUUUUUUUUAUUUAAAAAAAUCACAAAAAGUACAGAAAAUAUUUAUUUUCAUAUUUUUGCUAUCUGGACUGGUGAAAGUAAACACAGGGUCAGUAAAAUUUAACUGUAACUUAUAACUUAUUAUCAUUAUCAAAUUUGGUUUACAGCAGGCAGCACAACAGUACACGAUAAACAUAAAAACAUAGAACAUAAAGGCAUAGGGAAAAAUCCUGAGCACGUGUAAAAUAACCGUACUUAACCACAGAAAGCCAGAUACUUAUAGAUUAAAAGAUAUUAUAAAACCCCUUAAAGUGCAUUCAUUCGUGAAGUAAACAAUUAUGAUGAAUGGACAAGGAACUGGAUUAAAGAGAUUUAAUAAGUAAUCAAUAAACAAUCAAAGAUAAUAAUUCAAAGUCAAUCUUAGUCCAUCAUAAUAUCCACCCUAUGUCGACAGUAUAAACAAAGAAGCAAGGGGGCAGUUGUGUUGGUCAUUGGUUAGUGUGUAAUGUGUGGUCAGUCCCAAAGAGAUUUUUCGUUUUUUCUUCAAGUCCCACUGAGUCACCCCACUCUCUCCACCUACAUGAAUGGAUCCAAUCUCAUCUAUAUCUGAACUAAACUAGUGUCUCCCAAAGUUUAAUGAGAUGGUUAGCCACAUUUUAUCAAGUUGGUAAAAGCUGUUAGUAGGCCUGGGCGAUUUGGCAAAAAAAAAAAGGAUCACGAUAUAUUUUGUCAUAUCACCCAAUUUCAAUUAUUAUCAUGAUUUUUUUUAAACUGCCAGUUGUAAAGCAUCUGUACUAAACAUUAAAAAAAUUAGAGAUUAGUUCAACAUUUUAUCAACAUAAACAGUAAAUAACAAAGCAAAUUGAAUAAAAUACACCUAGAAAAAUCUAAAAAACAUUUUAAUUCAACAGUACAACAAAUGUAGAUAAAUACUAAAUAAUACAGUGAAUUAGUUUAUGGUCCUGAUUGUUUUUGCAGGUAUGAAAGAUAAUGAAGAUGCUUUAAAAUGUAAACAUUAGAUGAUGUAAACGUAGAUUAGGGUUUGUUCAAAACUGUCAAAUACUGUGAUUGAAUUGUCUUCAUGUGUAUCUCUCAGGAUGGAUGAGGCUCGCAUUCUUCCCGGCAGCAUGAAGGAUAACUUCUGGGAGAUGGGAGACACCGGUCCCUGCGGUCCCUGCAGUGAGAUCCACUAUGACCGCAUCGGGGGACGAGAUGCGUCUCACCUGGUUAACAUGGACGAUCCAAACGUACUCGAGAUCUGGAACCUGGUGUUUAUUCAGUACAACAGGUAACGGACCUUAACACACACUCUGAUCAGAGUCUAGAAAAAUCUAAUCUACAAAACGAGUUCACCAGUGCAAACACACAGCAGCAAAGUGUUUGGUCUAAAGGAGAUGUUAAUCUAGCACUUCUAAAUGUUUAUCUGCCUGUUUUUGCAGAGUCUUGUCAACACUACAGAGGGAUUCAAACAUUUUACGCUACAAACUCCCUGUAAACGAUAAAUCUGAACACAGACCAUAAUUGUACUCUAACAGCGAGGGACCCUGGAAUUUGGACACACCUUUGUCCCUAAUUGUUUUUGUUUGUUAUACACAAUUAUAUACCCACACCCUUCCUCUCUACACCCAUCAACAUUUCCUUUUACUGUUUGUGUUGCAAUUAACAGCUGUUUGUAUGUUGUCGGCGAGUAAUCUGGUACUCGUGUUUAUUCCAUCAGGAGAAAUGAUCCAUUCUUCUCGACUGCAGGAUGAUUUUGCAGGAACAUGUUUCUUUGUUUGUGUGGUCUAUAUGGUCUAUCCAGAGUUCUGCUCAUUCACUUAUCCCUGUAUUUGACCAGUUUUGUUGUCUCUUUUUUUCCAGAGAGUCAGAGACGGAGCUGAAGCUGCUGCCAAAGAAGAGCAUCGACACGGGGAUGGGUCUGGAGCGUCUGGUUUCUGUGCUGCAGAACAAAAUGUCUAACUAUGAUACUGACCUCUUCAUCCCGUAUUUUGAUGCCAUUCAGAAGGUAUAGAAACAUAUCGAAAAGUUGUCUUUGUCAGCCCACACAUUUAUAAUCGUUUACCAUCAGUGGAGUACACAAAGGUCCAUAGGUCACAAAUUUUUUUCUUAUUUGCCUUGGAGCUUGAAGCUGUUGGUUUCUCAGAAUGUUUUAUUCAUAGAUCACGUUGUUUGAAGUUAUACUCAAACAGAAAAAUACGAGCAGAAGCAGAAAUAAUGUCUAAGUCAGAAAAACAAUUCAUCUGCUCAGAGGAACUAUGGUGUGGGAUCUAGGGCUGCAGCUAUCGAUUAUUUUAGUAAUCGAGUACUCUAUCGAUUAAUCUGUCGAUUAAUCGAGUAAUCGGAUAAGAAAUGUUUUGCUCUCACUGUAAUACUUUGCAUUGAAUCACGUUUGCCUCAGAGCGGACUUAAUGCAUGGACCGGGUGUUUUCUUUUAAGGUGCUGCAGCAUUGACGACGUGCUGUUGUGAAACGCCAACUCCGCCUUACAGUGAACGCACUGCACGGCGUUUUCUUUCCUUUUCAGUGUGUAAUGGUCCCACACUUUAGACACUUUCUGCCAUUUCCUCUGCGUGUCAUCUCUUUCUUCCUCUCUCUGUCUGUCCUCGUUUCCCUCCAUGAUUGAACCAAACGCGCCAUAGACAUAAUAAAAGAUAGACCCCGCAUCGGCCGCUACCACGAAUGGGCGCUGUCGAGAAAUGCGGCCGCCAUCUUGGUCCGGUCAUCCGCCUCACUCUGCACCGCUGUUUAACCGGCGGAAUGAAGUCUGAGCGCAUUAAUGAAUCAUAGUUCGCUCAAUACUACGUAAUUUUCUUCUCUGCAAACGCCAUUCAAAGAGGCAUGAUAGAGGCCAUAUUUUUUUUUGGCGUUUUCAAAUACUCAGAAUGAAUAAAAUGAUAUUUUAGAACAUGGCAGCAGUGGCUGUAUUAUAGUAUAACAAUUAAUCAAGGAUAUAUUUAGGUUUAGAGCUAGGUUCCUGCUAUGUCUCAAUAAUUAUAAAUAACUGGCGGUAUUAAUAGGCCAAUUCAAUAUAUAUUGAUUUGAUUAUAAUUUUUUAUAUAGUUUAAUUUUAUUUAUCCAUUUGUAGACACACACAAAUAAUGUCAUAUAGAAGCACUAUUUUAAUAACUGGAAAAUACACACAAAUAUAUAGCCUACAUAUCAAAAAGAUUUAAACACAAGAACAGCAUGACAGGACAGCAUCUAAACUACAUAUCAAUUUGCUUGUUGGCUACACAGCACAGAGGAAUCACUUGCUGCGAAUUUCUCCCUCUAACAGCAAUCUCCCACUUCUUCCUCAAGUUUUUGUCCUUAGGAAAUCUUCAAAAUGAAACAGGAGAUCACCACAAAGAAAUCUUUAAUAAAACAGAUAAUAAAACAGAGCUCACUUUCUUCCUUUUUCUUUCUAUUUUAUUUCUUAACGUUUCUUAGAACCUCUCUCAAACAAAAGUUUUUCAAUCUAAUGCAAAUCUGUUGAUAAUCGACCAAAGUUGCUAUUAUUGUGAAUAAGCUAGCUGUUCGCAAAUGCUGUUUCCUUUUUGGAGUUGACCGAUUGUCUUCCUCUUUGGCCUACAAAUGACUCUACAGUCAAGUGUAAUGUUUAAAAAACGUUUAAUCAUAACUGUGAAAAGUUAUUUCUUGAGCCCUGUUCUCUGCUGUCCGCCUGUUGGCACAGGAAUACGCCGCACAGUGCUCCGGCAUCGCUGAAUGAAUGAAUAUGAUUGACCGGAGCGUAUGGGAAACUUGACCUGACCAAGAUGGCGGCCGCAUUUCUCGCUGCGCAGCACCCCCAGCGGGGUCUACCCUUUUAUUAUGUCUAUGAAACGCGCGGCAGCGGAAGGAGCGGAAAGAGCACGCUGCUGCGCAACAGAAAUAACCGUCCGUGUCAAACACCGUGCGCUGCACAUGGUUCCGGAUUUAAACGAUUCCUCGAGGCAUAUAAUUUGCCUCGAGGAAUUUUAUUAAUCGAGUUACUCGAGUUACUCGAGUAAUCGUUUCAGCCCUAGUGGGAUCUAAAAAUGAUGUUUUUGGUUCAACAUUACUUGUGUGUAUUUUCAGGGCACAGGUGCUCGACCGUACACAGGUAAAGUAGGCGCUGAGGAUGCCGACGGUAUUGACAUGGCCUAUCGUGUGCUGGCUGACCACGCUCGUACCAUCACCAUCGCACUAUCAGAUGGUGGCCGACCUGACAACACAGGAAGAGGGUGAGACAUGGAAGUUGCAGGGGGAAUAAAAAGGAGGGGAGAAUAUCUGAAACAUAAACACCUUUUGUAAUGACUGCAGUGCAGCUAAGUGUCAAAUUCAAGUGUCAAGUGUCAUUUUGCUUCUUUGUGUUCAGCUUGAGAAUUCAAACAUGUUAGACAUGCUUUAAUGUGUGAGUCUUAAAGGCAGUUUCUCUUUCCAAACUUGUACUUUGCUGAUUUUAAGCACUGACAGACUCUAACUUAAAGUGCAGCUUUCAGUGCAGAGUUUGGAUGUUUGUUUCUUUUCUUAUGUCGUGUCAUUUGCUGUUUCGGUCAUGAUUAUAGUUAUGUGCUGAGGAGGAUCCUGCGCCGCGCUGUACGCUAUUCCCAUGAGAAGCUGGGGGCUCAGAAAGGCUUUUUUGCCUCUUUGGUGGAUGUGGUGGUGGAAUCUCUGGUGAGUUUUGUCAAAGAGCUGUGUGUUUUUGCAGUUUUUACUAGCAGAUUGUGAAAAACGGAGUAAAAACUUUUCACUAAGUGGGAUUGUAUUGGGGUGCUUGUGAAUAAUACUGGUCACAGGGGAUCCUAUCAGCUUGCCCCUUUUGUUGCAAAGAUGACCCCAGAUCCAAAUAGAAUCUAGACUAUCAACCACAGCAGAUAGGGUGAACGCCACCAUGUUGUUUAGAGCCCAUUUUAACAAACUCCAACCAAAGCGCUGUUCUGGGUAUAAGUGGAAGUUAUUUAGUUUUAGUCACAUUCAGAGAGCCAGUUUGUUUUUUAGCUUUUCUCUGACUGUCUGACUGUCAGCAAAUUAAUCAGCUCAUCAUGUCUACAAUGUAUGAUGAUCAGCUUGACUUUUGCCCAGUUUACUGAUGAGUUGUAAGUUUGGACAUUUUGAAUCUUAGUCUGGCGUGAUUUUAAGCAGCAUGUCUGAUGGUCGCAGUAAUGUCUUUGAGUACAUUUUAUUUUAGUCUUCCCCUUCAACAGCUAACAAAGUGUACUUUUGAACAUUUCAUGGGCACGGUGGGUUGUGAUAUUAUACAAUCUAAUACAGCGAGAGCCCUAAACAUACUUUUCCAUCCAUUCUUUAUUCUGAUAUAACUUAUACAGUACAGGCCAAAAGUUUGGACACACCUUCUCAUUCAAUGCAUUUUCUUUAUUCUCAUUACUAUUUUAAUUGUAGAUUCUCACUGAGGGCAUCAAAACUAUGAAUGAACACAUGUGGAAUCAUGUGCUUUAGAAAAAAGUGUGAAAAUACUGAAAACGUGUUUUAUAUUUUAGAUACUUCAAAUUAGCCACCCUUUGCUUUUUUGAUAGCGCUGCAAACUUUUGCUGUUUUCUCAAUGAGCUUCAUGAGGUAGUCACCUGAAAUGGUUUUUACUUCACAGGUGUGUAUUGUUAGGGUUAGUUUGUGACUGACAGAGUCAGUCACUAAGUACUUCUGUCAUCAAGAGCAAAGGGUGGCUAUUUAAAAGAAACUAGAAUAUAAAACAUGUUUUCAGUUAUUUCACACUUUUUUUUAGAAGUACAAAAUUCCACGUGUUAAUUCAUAGUUUUGGUGCCUUCAGUGAUAAACUACAAUGUAAAUAGUCAUAUAAAAAAAUAAAGAAAAGACAUUGAAUGAGAGGGUGUGUCCAAACUUUUGGCCUGUACUGUAUAUUAGAAAAAAAGCUGGUAAAAGACAGUGAGUGGUCUGAGGUGACAGGGGACUUUGCUUGGUGAGUGAUGGAGACUGCGGUUGGAGGUGAGCUGCUGGUUUCCUCUGAUUAGGAGAGGUUAUGAAAUAUUGGAACAAAGUCCUAAUUGUGAUAGCAAGUCAUGUCAUGGGCUCACAGUUAAUGUACACCUGCACAAGCUCUGGAUUUUCCCUGCUCUCCACUCAUCAGAAGAUUCUCCCUUUUCCCUCCAGUCUGUUAAGUUUUUUAGUCUCCUUUUGUAAACUACAGCUCAUAAAGGUUUCCACAGGGUUUUUAGCCUAGAAAGGGGGUUGUAUGAUCACAUUUUCUUUACUGAGGUCUUAAAAUAUUUUAAUGCAUGUUGGAUUUGAUGCAAAAAGCAGAUAGACAUUCUGUGUUUCUCUUUAUUUACUUGAGGAAGGUGCAUAUUGGUGCUACUUUAAACUUUAGUAGGUCCCUAUAUCUCACUCACAACUAGUGCAAUAAAUGUGAUUUUAUUCAAAUGUCCUCUAUUCUUCUUUUAUCUUCUCUCCCCUCUCCCAUCUUUAUCCUCUUCUCCACCCCCCACAACCUGUUUUCAAUGGAAUCCUCAAGGGUAAUGCUUUCCCAGAGUUGAAGAAAGAUCCCGAAAUGGUGAAGGAAAUAAUUAACGAGGAGGAGACGCAGUUCCUCAAAACCCUCAGCAGGGGGCGCCGUAUCCUGGAUAGGAAGAUCAUGAGCCUGGGAGACUGUAAGACUAUCCCAGGUGAGUCCCACAUGGCGGAUAUAGAGGGAAGAGUUCAGGUUCAUGGUAUCAUCUUUUUUAAGGACCUGCGAUAGAAACCAUUUCAUGAACCUGAGAUUUAUUCACUGUGUAUUCUGCCACAGCUGUCGUCUGAAUUUCAUAUUUUCUCCACUUCAUAUCCUAAGCCUCCAACAAUACUUUGCCUCUUUUCUGUUUUGUGAAGUUUUGUUAAUUGUUCAACUUUUCACUUUGAGUCCAGUCUGACCAAACACUAGAAAAAAGACACAUUUUCUCUGCCUUGGGUUUUUGAUGAGAUUCCUGUCCCACAAAAGGGUUUGCAGGUUUUUUCAGGCCAAAAUGAAAUCUAAGUCUAAAUCUAAUCUAAAAUCGAAGUCUACUGCUAUCAUUCAUACAAGUCUAAUCAGACAGUUUCCUUGCUUUUAAAUUGUUCAAGCACAGACAUAUGAUACUCUGUUGAUGUGUUCCUCCUCAUCAAUUUGUCUGAAAAUAACCCUAUUUCGUUUUAGUUGUCUCUGAGCAUCGUAGCCUUAGACAUAAACCUCUAUCUGUCUAAUCAGUUGAUCUCUCUGUCUGUGCAUCCAGGUGACACAGCAUGGUUGCUGUAUGACACUUAUGGUUUCCCCCUGGAUCUGACGUCCCUCAUCGCUGAGGAGAAAGGAAUGGGGGUGGACAUGGCUGCUUUUGAAGAAGAGAAGAAGGCAGCACAGGUGAGAAGAGUAUGAUUAAAAAAAUGUUUGUUGGGUAUUUGAAUUUAGACUUCACUGCUCUGUGAGGGAAACAGUGUUUUGUGUCCUUGCCCCCUGAGGGUGUUAUUUUACCUCGUGUCAGCGUUCUACAGUAUUGCAUUCUUCCUUGUUAGUUAGAAUAAAGGGCCAUGUUCCUGAUGUAUAAGUAGACUGUGCUGGACUGAGGCCACAAUAUUGUUUAGCAACAAGAUUGAUUUCUUCUUGUUUACUGCAAACCUCACAACUGUUGUCCAACGAGUCAGUCAACUAAUCUACUCACACACUGGCUCUGAAACUGACCUCCGUGUUAGACAGAGAGGUCAUAAAAAAUUCUCAUGUUCACUGAAUUUACAAGACAGAAAACAAGGCACUGUGGUUCCAGUGUAUCUUGACUUUUGGAAGCUUGUAAAGGUUGGUCUUUCUCAGGAUUGUUUGACAUUUUUCAUAAAAUUCAACACCACUCCACGUACUCUUGGGCACAACCACCAAGUUUCCACAGUCAGGCUAAAUAAAAGUGUAUUCAAAGUAUCAUAACGAUUUGUAAGAAUAAAACAGAAGCUCCACCACUUUGAGGGACAUCUCCCAUCCUUGUCCAUGUAGUAAUACCUGUCCAGAGAGAGAGGUAAAAUAAGUACAGCUACUCGACUGACUACAUCCCAGCCUAUCUGGAAUCAUUUUGCUCUGGGAUGGGAUCCUGGAUGUGGACUAGUGAGACUUAAAUAAACAUGAUGCCAUUUAGUUUUCAGUCUGACUGUACUGUGCUGAUUGGAACAACAGUGUGCCAUCCUGACUGUGAUUGUUUACCUUGCUGCCAAUGACACAACAAGUGUGUGUUAUUGGGCAGAUCAGGACUCCGAUGUGGUCCAACAGUAAAAGUACAAGGGCAGUUUAGAUGUUUAAAGAGGCAGCUGCUAGCUCUGAUAGUACAGAGAUCAGUGACUGUUUCCUCAUUUCAAACUGUGAUUUAGUGAUAUAACCAUGAGAUUGUUGUUUAUUCUUUUAGUAUUUAACAGUCAGAUGUAAUAGUAAACCCACUUGUAUCUUUUUUUUUUGUAAUGUCUCUUUAAAGUUUAAAAGUUGAGACUGCUGAAUUCGUGUCGACCUCUUUAACAACUCAAUGUGUAUUUGGGUUGGUAGAUAAAAUCCCAGGGUAAGGGCGCUGGAGACGAGGACCACAUCAUGUUGGACAUCUACGCCAUCGAAGAGCUGAGAAACAAAAAGAUUCCUGCUACAGAUGACUCACCUAAGUACAAGUACACCUCGGAUCAGAACGGCAACUACAGUCAGUGAUUUAAAUCCCCAUACGCACUUUGGGUUCAAAUGUGUGUAUUUUCAGGACUUUCCCUUUAACUGUCUUCCCUUUUGCGUUUGCAGCCUUCGAGCAGGCCACCGCUACAGUGCUGGCCCUCCGCCAUGACCGUGACUUCUGCAGCGAGGUGACGACUGGUCAGCAGUGUGGCGUGUUACUCGACCAGACGUCCUUUUACGCCGAGCAGGGCGGGCAGACGUUCGACGAGGGCUACAUGCUGCGGGAGGAUGACAGCACAGAAGACGUGAGUGCAACACAAUAGAGUUGAUGUGUGCGCUCGUCAGUGAAUCUGGGUUUUAUGAAUUCACUAUGAGCUCUGAGGUUUUCAAAGGACCCUCAUUAAGCUGAUUUUAUGAAUCAGUGUUUUGCAGCACACAGCUGUCACAACACAAAGAGGAAAAUCACUUUGUUUCUGUCAUUUGUACAGAGAUGACAAUUGCAAUCACGACGACUUUCGUGGCGUCUUAAAAAUUGUUUAAAUACGGCUGGAUGAGUCUGACAGAAGGAUGAAAAAAUGCUUGCAGGCAAAAGAGCGUCUUCUCGACAACACAGACUGCCAGAUGUUAUAAAACAAUCGUUCAAGAUAAGACACUGGCUCUGUCUUCUGAUUUUAAGUGAACGGCAUCAAAACUGUUUUAUUUUACAGUUUGCACGAAACCAUCCAUCCAAAAAAACCAUGAAGUGACAUUAAUUUGUGUCUUUAUUGUCAUUUUAUAAUAAAUCUCAGCUUUGCCGAAGCUGCUCAGCCUCUGUUUUAAUCUUAAUCUGACAGCGUGCCUUUCAGAAAAUAAUGUUUCUCAUUGUCAGAAGCUAAGAAAAGAAAAUACAUGCAGGGUCUUUGAGCAGGUGGUCCUCCUUAUAUAACAGGGUCUGAUAAUCUCUCUUUCGACUAAAACAAAAAAAACAUCUGACCUUGCUGUCUCUCUCUCUCUCUUUUCCUGUCUGUCUUUUCUGCAGCGGACAGAGUUCACAGUGAAGAACACGCAGGUCAGAGGAGGUUAUGUUCUCCAUGUGGGAACAGUCUAUGGGACACUGAAGGUUGGCGACCGGGUUAGCUUACGUGUGGAUGAGGUGAGAACAUCUGCAGGUUUAAAAUCAAGCAGACAGUCAUACAUGAGGAUUUCUGUUUCUAGUCGGUUAAAUAGCUGAAAAAAGCAGAAAGUGGCAUGUCUGGGUGUGUAGAGUUCUGCGUGUUUUUGUCUCUGAUUUUUCACUCAAACUAAUCUGUCUGUCUUACUAUCUUUCAAGGCUCGUCGCAGGCCCAUCAUGAGCAACCACACCGCCACACACAUCUUAAACUUUGCCCUGCGGGGGGUUUUGGGGGAGGCAGACCAGAGGGGCUCCCUUGUUGCCUCAGACCGCCUGCGCUUUGACUUCACAGCUAAAGGUGCUCUGAGUACAGGGGAAGUCAGGCGGACUGAGGAGAUUGCUUGCGCCAUGAUAAGAGAUGCCAAGGUAUGAAACUGGAAAUGAUCCUGAUAAAAGUUUCAUGUGGUGCUCCUUUCCUACUCAAAUGUAAGUCUUUAUUUAGCUCCUGCCACAUCUAUAAACUAGAACAAAAGAGAAAACAGGGAAGAAUAUGUGCAGAGAUGCAAAAGAGAGGACAGUAAAGACAGAGGCAGGGUGAGAGGUAUGUUUGGGCUGGAUGAGGCUGUACACUUCACCUUUCCCUACCCGCUCAUUUGUAUUUGGGGGAGAGGAGAGAGAAAAGAAGAGAUAAACUGUUUUUCUCCUGUUUUUAUUUUGGCCCUCAUCUGACAUUAAGUCUCCUUAAACUCACCCUGGGUUAGAACGUCACUUGACUGUUUCUUCCUCUCCUUCUCUCGGCUCUUUGCAGGAGGUGUACGCUAUGGACGCUCCACUUGCCGAAGCCAAGGCCAUCCAGGGUCUGCGUGCUGUGUUUGAUGAGACCUACCCUGACCCCGUUAGAGUUGUUUCCAUCGGUAUCCCCGUUGAAGAGCUGCUGAAGGAUCCCAACAGUGCUGCUGGUUCUCUCACCUCCAUAGAGUUUUGCGGUGGAACGUAAGUAUGAUGCUGUGAUUUGAUUUACACACGAGACGAGACGGCCAUGUUUGCAGCUCAGUCGCUUUUACUAACUGACGGCUCAAAUAUAGAGAUGGCAGGUUUGGGCGGGUUAGAAAGUGUUGCACUAGAACUACAUGUCCGAGGUAACAUAUAGAUGUGCAUGUUCAUGAUUCAAAAGGUUGUAUACAUCUGUGUUUUUAAAAAUGGAAAGAAAUGAGGUACUCAUGUUCUGUUUAGAAAAAACACAAAUAUAAAAACCAAAUCAAUAAAAUAAAAUACAUAAGAUAUAUAAUACUGCUCUUAAAAAAUGGACCAAGUAGAACUAAAGUCAACUGAAAUUAGGGUAGUCUAGAUGCAACUUUUUUCUACCUCUGAUACAAUACCGAUAUUGUGGUCUUCAGUAUCAGCAGAUACCAAUAUUGGUCUGAUAUUAGCACAAACUUGUGCAUGACAAGUUUUGCACUCGGCUGCAAUGUCUUUUUCGGACUUAAACGAAAAACACUGUGACACUGUGACACUACUCCUUGCUACUUUGUUGGUACUUUAGUACACGUUGUUGUAAUUAUAUGGGCUCUGCAUGCUGGAUCAGGGUGCUGCGAGAUAGAGGUGCUGGAGUGGAGUCUGGAAUGGACCGCUCGUAUCAGAGUGCUGAUAUCAGAGAUUUGAGAUGCAGGCUGAUAUAAUCCAAUAUUUUUUUUUCUUCUGAAAUCGGACUGCUAUCUGAUAUCAGUAUCGUAUCGGGACAUCCCUAACUGAAAUAUACAUAAAUUUACAGUAAGCAGAUAUAAAGAUUUGCGUUACGGCAGCUAUUUGUUAACAGAAAUGAGUUGCAGAAGUGUUGCAUGUGGAAAAUUUUCAAACAAAGGGGAACAUUUCAAUAUACCCACUCUUGUAGCAGAUUCAACGUAGUGUAAAAUCUGUUAUCUGGUGUUUCAAUUUUCAGGAUGAGAAGUGUUCCCACUUGUACUGCUGACCAAUCAGUAGGGUUUGAGUCUGCAUGAAGAUCAAAAGCAGACAAAAUGCAAUGCGUGGUAAUGACAUCCUAGUUCAAGCAUGUCUAUAAACAUAGAGUGCAAGUGUGCAAUCAAACUGCUGUAGAUCCAGAUUCUCCCAUGAGCAACAAAUCUGCUGGAUGCUUUAUUGCAAAAGCUAAUCAAUAUUUAGAUUUCCUGACUUCUUGGCAUGAAGCACAAACCGUCGAUCCGACCUCCGCUCAGCAAACAAUCAAAACAAGGAAAGUACAACAAGCUUAGUGUUUAGCUAAAAUCUGAAUCAUUAUGUUUUCCGGAAAAAACAGCAAUUUCAAACCUGGUAACUCUACGUGAACCAUAAUCAGAAAAAGAUAUCUUUCUCUGAUAGUACUCAAUUAUGUGAGACUGAAGCCUUUUUGUCAUUUACCACCUAUAAUUUGAUACUCAGUGGAAACAGAUGAGCAGGCACAACUUCUCAGGAUGCAACAGACCAAAUAAUGACUGUGUUUAGUUAGGGUACAAGGAAAAACACUGCAUAACAGAGGAAGUCUUUGUUGCUGCUGAGCAUGCAUGGAUGGUGUUAAAUCUCCAUUUUUUUUUUGGAGUGAAAUUAUUUCUAGCACUUUUGUAAUAGGUGUCAUUACUUUUAUCAAACUUUAAUUAAAGAGCUGUGAAACCCUCGGCACUGACGCUGUGGGUUCUGCUCUCUUCGUUUAGUGGAGAAGUUUGGUCUAUUAUUAUGAUGUUUGCCUGUUUCGUUCUCCGCUGCCACUCUCACACUGAGUCAGCCUCACAGCUCCUCGACUCUCUCGGUCUGCAUCUGUGUGUCAGCGCACAAGCAGAUAAUGUUUGUUUGUUUAAUGUCUGUCUGCAAAGUUUCAUAAAUGUCUGGGAACCUGAGAAAAGCAGCGGGGUCAAAAGGGAAGAUGGAAAAGGUGUAACCUGUUAGCACUUUGUGUGUUUACCAUUAAAUGUCAAGCUGUGCUGUGAAGUGUUCUGGCUUGGAUCAAGUUUGUGAGAGUGCUGAAAUCAAACAAAGGUGGAAGAGGAGGAGAAAAAGUCUGAAUCUGCAUGAAACUCCCAGUUUUCAGAGCUGUCAGACCUGCCUGGUGGCGCUGUGCAAAGUACAAGUCAUUAAUUGGAUUUCUGGGCCUUACGGUGUGACAGUUGUGCCGCUGUGCAGAGUUCAGUCUAGCGAUUAGAUUUGCUCUACCAAUUUUCACAUAGCCUGCUCCUGGCUGUAAUACUCACCUUAAUGCCAGGACUGUCUGACUCUUAGAUAUAUUACAGUCAGACUUUUCAUCUCAUUUCAUUGGAUUUUGAGCCGAACAGAUUUCUAGUUGAAUGUGCAAAGGCAUCAAGAGCUGGCUCUGAUUAAAGCACUGUAGGAGACGCUUCUUCAUCAUAUCCUGCUACUUCAGGUCUGAAAAUGAAUCCACUUUAGUAAACACUUGUUUUGCUUCCUUGCCUCCAUCGCCUUUGAUGUUGUUUUAAUCUGCAGCGGCUUCAAAGAUCCCAGCGCUCCUGCUGCUGCUGUUCUCUAAUGUUUUCUCCCCCUGCUCUUGUUCCUCCUGCUCCGUGACGGCACCCUCCCUCUCCGCCACCCCCCCCACAGUUGUGUAACCCCGUUGCCUGUUGGUAAUGUGCCGCUGUUGUUUCUCUUAUCUGCAGCCAUCUGCAGAACUCGGGUCAUGCAGCACCGUUUGUCAUCGUCUCAGAGGAGGCCAUCGCUAAGGGCAUCCGCCGUAUUGUUGCUGUGACAGGAACAGAGGCCCAGAAGGUCAGGACACACACACACACACACACACACACACACACACACACACACACACACACACACACACACACACACAAACACACUGGGGCCUGAAGCGAUGUGCUUUUAUUCACACAUCCACCUACACUUGUAUAAAAAAGGAGUUUGAAAAGAAAGUACACAGAUUUAAUAUCCCCACUACUGUAUAAACUGAACGUCCCUAUUGGAAAUUAAGAGAUGACUGACUUGAUGAUGAAGGUCACAAAGUCGUCAUGAUUUUCUUGUUACAUGCAACAGAAGAAAUAAAAGUUGUCAUUAAAAAAGGUGUCCCAGAUGACUCCUAGUGAGAAUUAACAGCUCAGUGCUCAAACUUUAAUGAUGCUUGUUUUUGACUUGUUGAACUUGUAGAGAGAAAGAAAAAGCAUUUUGUACUCUCCCCCUCUCUUCAGCCCUGAGGACAAAUGAAUCUGUACUAAUUUUGGAAAAUGAUUUUCAUUUGAUCCUCUCUUUUAUCGUUUUUUUUUUGUCCUUGCCUCCUCUGCCUUUGCACGUUUCUUUUGUCCUUCCUUCACUUUCUCUGCUGUUUGACUUCUCUGAUGCCUCUGGUGUCUCACAUUCCCAGGCCCAGAGAAAAGCAGAUUCCCUCCAACAGUCUUUGUCCGCCCUGGGAGUCAAGGUGAAGCAACAAAAGGCCCCAAACAAGGACAUCCAGAAAGAGAUCGCGGACAUGACAGAGGUACGUUUCAAAGAGACGCCAGAAAGUCCCACCAGGACAUAAUCGGAGCUUUGGCAUCAACAUCAUGUCCGUCCUGUCUGCAGUUGAUAGGCACAGCAGUGAUCUCCCAGUGGAGAAAGGAUGAGAUGAGGGAAAACCUCAAGGCUCUGAAAAAGACCAUGGACGACCUGGACCGCAGCUACAAGGCUGACAUCCAGAAGAGGGUCCUGGAGAAGACCAGCGAGGUGAUCGCAAGCAGCCCCAACCAACCACUGCUCAUCAUGGUGGUGGAGAGCGGCGCUUCAGCCAAGGUGAGUCCGUCUUCAAAAAGCCUCCAAAAUCACUAUUAAUAUGAAUAAAAGUCAACUGGAAUGAUAACAUGGAAAGCUUUUUCUUUCUACUCAAAAUGUUGGUUUUUUUUUUCAUUUACAAAUUGGCUUUUGAAGACACACACACACACACACACACACACACACACACACACACACACACACACACACACACACACACACAUACACGCACACACUUACAAGAGAAAAAAUCAGUAACCAGACCUCAGGACUUCAUCAGCACCCAGUGUAAAAAUAAAAGUGCAAGCAUGAUUCAAACUGCGUUUAUCUGCAUCAGUGCUGCACUUCUCAGGCAGGCUCAUGGCUUAUCUCAUUGUGUAAUUGCCAUGGGACCAAAUCAGCUCUGUGGCCCAUUAAUUCUGACCUUGAGACAUCUAUAGUGCUGAUAAGGAAUUUUUUCUUUCCUCCCUCCUUGUUUCUUCCUUCUUUUUCUUCUCCUUUUUCCUUCUUUGCAAUUGUCCUUUUAUCCUUUCCUCUCCUCUUCACCUCUCUCAGGCUCUGAAUGAUUCACUGAAGCUGCUGAAGACACAGUCCCCUCAGACCGCUGCAAUGCUCUUCACCAUCGAUCCCGAGGCCGGCAAGAUCAUCUGCCUGUGCCAAGUCCCCGAGGUAACACACACACCCACCCACCCACCAGUCUGGUCACACAGGCCCAAUCCUAAUUUCAAAAUCAGUGGUUGGCAGACUUACUGGAGCAUUCCUGCUAAGUGUGAGGGUUCAGGGCUGUCCCUGCCACAGUUUUAGGCAGAUCUGAGGUGUGACAUUGUUAUCCUGCUCUCACAUGGUAUAAACAAACCAAAGGAAGAGAUGUGAAGGGAACAGCAGGAAAUGUAUCUUUAUGGGACAGUAUGUACCUGCUUUCUGUUUUGGUUUUUAUAAUCUGAUAGCCACCCCAGAUGCCAUCCAAGAACCCCACACCAACUGUCAUUGAUGUGCUGCACCCAUAGACGAUACUAAAAUCAAUCAAAUUUACCUCAUUGUCUCUUUUUAGUCAUGAAAAUUGGUGUUUCAAUAAAAAUGUACCAUCAUGGUUUUCAUUAGGGCUGGGCAAUAUGGCCUCAAAUCAAUAUCACGAUAUAUUGAGCAGUUGACCUUGAAAAUGAUAAAAGGACGAUAACUACUCCACAAGCUGCUCACCCCCUCCCACAUUAACUUCGUCUAAUUCAGCCGCCGCUCCAGUCGCUUUUGAACCAUCCUCCAUCUCCUCACCUGUCUUUCCUCUUUGUUACGGACUGGAUGGGGUGGAGUCAUGUCUCUGACAUAGGACAGUGUCUUAAAGGGACAUGAGACCAUAGCCUACCUACACACAUCCAAAACCAACUUUUAUUUAUUUAUUUUUUGACACAGAAUAUAUUGACAUGGGCAAAAUGACGUUGGUUAUUGUCGUAAAUUUUCGGUAUCGGUAAAUUUUUGGUUUAUCACCCAGCCCUAGUUUUCGCCGACAGAAUGAAUGUGGAUGGUUCCUGAAGAGUUUAGUGAUCACCAUUUUCUAUGUUUAUGAUCUGUCUAUGAUUUGUGAUAACCAUCGACAGGAAUAAAGACUAUUUUUCCAUUAGGUGUGUGUUAAGGAGGAGCUACACCCUCAUUGACUGCUCACCUGACAGUAUUUACACCUCUGAGGGUUUACUGCUCAGGCUUUAGGUUGUUGGGCCACACCGUGCUGGGAACAUCUCCUGUACCAGAUCUGUCUUAAUCUUCACUCCUCUCUACAGGAAGUGACAAAACGCGGUCUGAAGGCAAACGAAUGGGUCCAGGAGAUCUGCCCCCUGAUGGAUGGCAAAGGAGGCGGCAAGGACAUGUCAGCCCAGGCCACAGGCAGGAACACACAGUGCCUACAGGAUGCACUCGAGGUGGCUAAUGAGUUUGCACGGCUCAAACUGGGAGAGAACUAAGAGGAGAAGAGAUGGAGAGAGGAGAUACUGCAAUGGUGGAAAAUUCAGAUCACGCUCUACCUCCAGCCUCCUUUCUUCUCUUUUCUCCUUCCUUUGGGUCAUAAGAUUAGGAAAAACUCCCAGGUUGGUUUCCCACUCCUGCAAUAACGACAGAUGACCACUGAUCCUCAGCCAGCACUUAAUGAGCCACUUCUUCUUAUUUUUGACUGGGACUGUGAUUGCAAACUCACCCUGUAAGAUUCCUCUGGAAAUCUCUAAACAUAGACAAGGAUCCUGCUUUGUAGUGGUUUAAAGAAGAAGGAUGUUAGUGUCCUCUCUUUAUUAUUUCAUAGCUGACCAGAGGAAAAGACAAGGGAUUGGCUCUUAAUGGAUUUAGUCCAAAAAGACCAGUACAGCUCAGGUGAAGUGGCUAAACCCGUACCUUUUGUCCCAAAUUGAUGAAAACAGCUCUUGAAUGACCUCUGUCUUAUUUCUGUGUUUGUGUCUCAUCUCAGUGUAGCCCUGUUUUUACAGCCAUCCCCAAAACCCCUCAUUCCCCAGAGGGUAACACUCUUGGCUUUCUGUACCUCUUCAGCUCAGCCUCUAAAACAAAGGAAAAGAAAAGCAUGAAACCGGUUCUUAAAUAAUUUAGGUACAGAGUACACAGAGUACACUUAUGCUGGUUGAAGGAUUUUGAGCUGAUCUCUAAGCAGAAGCUCCACCUGUCUUUGUGGAUGAAAAUCUCUGUUCCCUCCUGUGACUGGCUGUAAGAGCAGUAGCUGUAUCAUAGUCUUCCUAAAUAAUAAGCCAUUAUCUAACAUGUGCAGUGAGUCCAGGGGUUUGGGUAUGUCAUUCAUAUAAGUGAUCAUGAAAAUGUCCCUUUAAUUUAUCUGUGUAACUUCAUUCCUCUGACAUUUUUAUGUAUUGGCUGAAAGCAGAAUGUUAAAACGGAUGUUUUUCAUCAUUGUAGCUGUUCAUGUCGGAGAAAUGUCACCUCAUGGGAUUGGAAUAAAUACUUCUGGUAAAUGCCA